CUCGUCCAUGCCGAUGCAACCCCUUGACGCUGGUCGCAGUCUUCAAAUUCUGCUGUGUUUCCUGCGCAGUUGUAUUCAUAAGCAUAUAUUUCAGCUGUGUAUGUAAUUGAACUGCUCGCCGGUGUAGCGAGCACGCUACUCGGCAUCUAUUCUGCUCCCUGCGUGCUUCUGACAAUUCCUUAGCAGCCGCAAGUGGUUGCAUGUUCAUUCAGCACAAUAAUUAAAACAUUCUCGCCUGCGAAUGCUCAGCGUUGGAGCGAAACGUGUGGGCGCCGUACGACGCGCCCAUUGCGGCGUGCCAUGUGUGUUGGAGGAGCGCUCUUGCUUGCAUAGCCGAAUAGUGCAUGUGUUGAGCCUUUGCAAUUGGACUGGAGAGGGUGUAGAUACAGCGCGUUCAUAGACGAGGUUGCAAAACGUGAAAUCGAACCGCCGUCGAUAACACUCGCUCUUCCCAGCUUUUCGCUCGGCUCGAUCAUGCUUCUUAAGGGCGCCAACACCAGGCUUAACCGCCGCACAGCCUCCGACGUGGCUGGUCUUGGUGCAGCGCUGCCCCAGCCCUCGGUGCGCCGCUCGUCGACUGCGCAUCGCCAGCACCAGCUUGCUGCUCAGGCCGGUCGCCGUGUGAGCGUCGUGCUGGCGGCCGCUGGCACCAUGCAGCAGGAAGACGUCACGUCCGUGAGCGCUACCGGUGCGCCGCGCAGUGCGGUGCUGGGUGUGCUGGGCGGCGGCCAGUUGGGUCGCAUGAUGGCGUUGGCGGCGGCCAACCUGGGCGUCCGCAUGAAGUGCUUGGACCCCACCCCGGACGCGCCGGCGGCUGUGGCGGCCGAGCACAUGGAGGGGCACUUCCGUGACGCGGCGGCCAUUGAGGACUUUGUCAAGAGCAAGGGCGUGGAUGUGCUGACGAUGGAGAUUGAGCACAUCAACACGGACGCGCUCAUGCAGGCAGCCAAGGACGUCAAGGUGGACAUUGAGCCCUCGCCGGAGACAAUCCGCAUCAUCCAAGACAAGUUCGCUCAGAAGCAGCACUUUGCCGCCGCCGGCGUGCCGCUGCCCGAGUUCCGCAACAUCAAGUGCCGCGGCUGCAUGGAGGGCACCGGCAAGGCGUUCGGCUACCCCUUCAUGCUCAAGGCCAAGCGCCUGGCCUACGACGGCCGCGGCAACUACGUGGUGAAGACGGAGGCGGACAUUGACGCCGCCGCCGCGGCACUGGGCGGCUACGAGAACGGGCUGUAUGCGGAGAAGUUCGCGCCCUUUGUGAAGGAGCUGGCGGUCAUGGUGGUGCGCAACCGCGACGGCGGUGUGGUGUCGUACCCCAUUGUGGAGACCAUCCACAAGAACAACAUCUGCCACGUCACGGAGGCGCCCGCGGGAGUGCCGCCCGCCGUGCAGGCGCAGGCGCGCGCCGUGGCCGAGAAGGCCAUCGCGUGCCUCAGCGGCGCCGGCAUCUUCGGGGUGGAGAUGUUCCUGCUGGGCGACGGCACCAUCCUGCUCAACGAGGUGGCGCCGCGCCCGCACAACAGCGGCCACUACACCAUGGACGGCUGCGUCACCAGCCAGUUCGAGAACCACGUGCGCGCCGUGCUGGGCUGGCCGCUGGGCGAGACGCGGCUCAACGCCGGCUGCGCCAUCAUGCUCAACCUGCUGGGCGAGGCCGACGGCGACGAGGGCGUGCGCAUCGCGCACCAGCAGAUGGCGGCGGCCUACGCCACCCCCGGCGCCAAGGUGCACUGGUACGGCAAGGACGGCAUGAAGCUGGGCCGCAAGGUGGGGCACAUCAACAUCGUGGCCAACACGCGCGAGGAGGCGCGCGCCAAGCUUGGCCAGCUGGACGCGGGCGGCCUGGCGGCGCUGCAGAAGACGGAUGCCGCCUACCGCGCGGCGGCGGCGGCGGCGGGCGCCUCCGCGGGUGACAGCGGCAAGCCGCUGGUGGGCAUCAUCAUGGGCAGCGACAGCGACCUCGCCACCAUGAAGGCCGCGGCCCAGGUGCUGGAGGAGUUUGGCGUGCCGCUGGAGCUGACAGUGGUGUCCGCGCACCGCACCCCCGAGCGCAUGUUCGAGUACGCCCGCACCGCGCACCAGCGCGGCCUCAAGGCCAUCAUCGCGGGCGCCGGCGGCGCGGCGCACCUGCCGGGCAUGGUGGCAGCCAUGACGCCUCUGCCCGUGAUCGGCGUGCCCGUCAAGCCCUCCGGCGCGCACCUGGACGGACUGGACGCGCUGUUGUCCAUUGUGCAGAUGCCCAAGGGCGUGCCCGUGGCCACCGUGGCCAUUGGCAACGCUGCCAACGCCGGCCUGCUGGCCAUCCGCGUCAUCGCCGCCAGCGACCCCAAGAUGCUGGACAAGAUGCUCGCGUACCAGAACGGCAUGACGGAGACGGUUCUGAACAAGGCAGCUAAGCUCGAGGAGGUGGGCUGGGCAGCCUACAAGAUGUGAGCGUGCGGCAGUGGAGGCGCUUGCAUUGAGGUUGGCGGGGGCGUGGAGAAUUAGCAACAGCAACAGCAACAGCAGCCGCAUUGGGCAAAGGGCAGCAGCCGCGGGAGGCCCAGCUAUAGCCGCAGGAGCACGAGAUACGGCGGCUGGACCCCACGGAAACAAGCGGCGGGGCGGGGCUGCGACGGCUUGGCUACGAAGGACGCUUGAUGACAGGACAUAUGUGCCAUGGUAGACAUAGUUCCUUGAGACUCACACGACUCAAAACUAAGAUAAGCACGCGGACAUAACUUCUUACUAUCUAGGACAAUGACAACGGGUGGGGCGAAUUUGGCGUGCCGGUUUGUGCGCGCGAGGUGCAUAGUAAUAGUUCUCUUGUAGGGCCGCUGGGAGGUGGCGUAGGUAGAUGCUGUGCGGGUGGUGCGCGUAACGCUGCUACGUUGCCUUGGGUGUGGCUCGGCGCGCUGUCGCUGGCACCAAGGUAUGGGCAUAAAGGUAGCUGAAGGGCUGAGCAGGAGACAGGACGGGCGCGAGGGCUUGCGCUUCACAGGUGCUGGUGCAGUGGUGCGGAGCGAGAUUGUGCUAGACGCACCCACGGUGCAUUGCUGACCGCAGGCGAGAAGUGGCGAGAUCGGAGCACGGGCGCCCUGAAACAGGGGACUCGUGUAAAUAUUUCCGGUC